CUUCACCCCACUACAAAUCUAUUAUUGCAUCGCUCUAUCUCACAUUCUAUCACAAUACCUUCACAAUGGGUCUCAAACGCAAGCGAUCAAUGGACGACUCACCCGUCUCAACAUCCAGCUUCGCAGCCUCGACCCCCGAAGCCCAGAGCCCAACGCCAAUACCGCACCAAUUCGACGGCGCCAUGGAUCUGGAUAUAUCAUCGCAUUUCAGCCUUGGGCGGUGGUGGGAAUCGCGGCCUGGGCGGCUGUCGUCCUCGGACGUGGGGAGUCGGACGCGUAAGAGGUUCCGCGACAAUCGGCCAGAUGAGCGCGUAAUACACGAAAACACUAUCAACAAACUCUUCUCCGCCCAGCGCAACUAUCCACAUGCCCAGCCUAUCCUCUCCGACUCCGCCCAACUAGCUCCUCAGCACGCGCCAGCCGUCCAGAAAUCAACUCUCCAUGCCUUCUGGAAGCUACCUGCUCCGCCUGUGCAGUCCCAUACCAUUCAGAUUCGACACCACCAGGUGGCUCCACAGACUUGGGAUCCUCCGCGUUGCGACGACUGUGAUGGGGUGCUCCAAAGUGAGACCAACGAGAUGGAAAUCGACAUGGAGCUGGAUGAAUGCGGCUCAAGCAACACAUUCGCAUGUCGAGAUUGCGGGAAGAAUGUCUGUGGCAUGUGUGCAGUUGUGUCCAACACGCGACAUUGUCUACAGUGUGCAACCACAAGCCGAAACUCCGGGCGGUGGUGGUGAUUCCCCUGAGCGCGGCCACGAGGCCGUGGUUUCGCCCAUGGUGCUUACUGUGAAGAUCGAUAACUUGAGAUUGGAAUAUCCCUUUCGGGAGCUUUUGUGCGAGUUAAAUGGGUCGAAUGUAAGGUGUUCGGUGUUUCGGGUCGCUCCUGUAUUUAACGAUAUCCAACGGCUUUGGAUUGUGCAGGCGCUGGAUUCCAUACGAGUGAUACGGCAUCCCGAGGGAAGGAACAUACACUUUGAAUUAAAC